AUGCGCCUCACACAGAUGAACAAAGUGCGCAAGUAUUUGCAGGGGCGUACAGGAGCAAUUCACUACAAGCAGCCGAGAAUGUACAAGAAGAUGAAAUUGACAGAUGAAGAAAUUAGAAAUUUGCUUGAGAGUUCAGACAAUGAAUUUAGUGGUGAACUAUCCGAAAGCUCAAGCAAUGAAACUGAAGAUGUAGUCAUGGAAAUUCCAGAUCAAGUAGUUUCUGACAGCAGCGAGUUGGAUGAAAGUGAACAGGAUAUUCAACCAACAAGAAGACGACCCAGGCCGAAAGAACAAAUUCAUCAACUUGAAAAAGACAUGGUGGUCCCGUCAAGUAUGAUAUGGAAGAGAAGCCCUUACGUAAAUCAAAGGAGGAGGUCUGUUGCUAACGUAAUGAGAACCCCGAAAGGAGCUAAGCCAGGGAUAAAACCUGAUACUCCAGAAGACGAGAUUGAUGACAGUUUGUCUUCAGAUGAAGACGAGAAUGAUGUUGAAGGUGUUGCUUCAAAUCCAGCAGCUGUGCCGUAUCCGAAAGACAGUGAGUGGACUGCAGUUGACACCUACCGACCUCUGCCUGUCAACACGACACCCAGGCAGAUACUAGUGGAUAUUGAUGAGUCGAGUUCUGUACUGGAUUGCAGUAAAGUGUUCCUUACUGACAGUGACGUAAAUGAACUCAAGAGACAGACAAAUUUGUAUGCAUCACAGACAAUACAGAAGAAAAGAAGAGGAAAUAAUCUGAAGCCCCAUUCAGUUUUGAGUUCGUGGAAGCCAGUGACUAUAAGUGAGAUGAGGCGUUUCUUGGGUAUUAUUUUCCACAUGUGUGUUUCGAAAAAGCCAAAAAUUGCGGACCAUUGGAGCACUAAUCCUGUUCUUAGUUGUAACUUUUGUCCCCAUGUCAUGAGCCGUUUGCGUUUCACUCAGAUACUGUCAUGCUUGCAUCUUGUUGACAAUUCAAAUCAGAAAAAACCAGGCGAAGAUGGAUUUCAUCCACUUUACAAAGUUUUGCCAUAUUAUAAUAAUUUGAAGGAGCGAUGUAUCCAGGCAUAUCGUCCCUCAGAAAAAGUGACAAUUGAUGAAGGAAUUUGCCCAUUUCGAGGUCGUGUGAGUUUCCGUGUUUACAUGCAAAAUAAGCCUCAUAAGUAUGGACUGAAAGUAUAUGCUGUUGCUGAAGCCAGUAGUGGCUAUGUUGUAAAUUUUGAAGUUUAUGCUGGUAAGCAUAUUGUUGACAAUUCUUCGUCUGCGGUUAUUUUGCGAUUGUUGUCUGACAGCAGCUUGCUGAACAAAGGCCACACUGUGUAUUUAGAUCGAUUUUAUUCCAGUCCAGAGCUAUUUCAGCAACUGGCAGAGAAAGGCACUGGAGCUGUUGGUACUGUGAACAAAUCCAGGAAAGGAUUGCCUAAAGAUUUAGUAUCUGCUAAGCUGAAAAAGGGCGAAAUGUCUUUUCGGCGUAAAGAUAAUGUAUUGGCAAUGAAGUGGAAAGAUAAGAGAGAUGUGUAUACAUUGUCUACAAGGCAUCAAGCAACAUUUGGUACGCAUACUAAGAGAAAUGGGUCUGUAGUAUUGAAACCACUUCAGGUACUUGAUUACAACCUCAAUAAAAUUGGAGUGGAUAUUGGAGACCAACGCCUGCAGUACAAUCCGUUCCAGCACAGAACUGUGAAAUGGUGGCGAAAAUUAUAUUUCCAUUUGCUGCUUAUGGGAGUAUCAAAUGCAUUUUGGCUGUACAAUGCAGUGCACAGGAAGAAAAUUACAAUAACAGACUUUAUAACAGUGCUUGCAGUUCAGCUUGUUGAAGACGACACACUUGAAUUCAUUCCAAGAAAUGAAGGAACUGUAGGUCGGCUAACAAAGAGACAUUUUUUGCAGCACAUACCUGCAACUACUAAGAAGUAUGCUGCUCGUGUGUGUCACGUGUGCAGUUCCAGGAGCAAGAAACAGAGUGGCAAGGCUUCUCGCAAAGAGACACGAUACGAAUGUGAACAGUGUGGCGUUGCACUCUGCCUGGAACCUUGCUUUAAAAUUUUCCACACUAAAAAACAAUAUGAUUCUGUGUGA